AUUUCCAGUUCUCGCGACAGCUCGGUAAGAUGGCUGUGUCUCGCAGAGCCUCGUGCUGGUCUGGUUGAUUUCUAGCUCGCGCUGUGGUUCUGUAACAGAACCCCCCACCCCCCCCACACACGGCUCUGUUUUCAUCCAGUCUUUCUGCCUCAAACUUCAGCCGCUGCCGGGGUGGACUGUGGACCGAGCCGCGGUGGAUUACCGGUGCGGCGGCCGGAGGGACGCGGGGGGAAUGAACCGGGACAGCGGGUAUGUGGUUCCCAGUGUAAUCGCGUUAAUAUUCGAUGGUUCUUCUGGGUUCCACUGUGAGUGAGUCUCCGUGCUGAGAGAGGAGCUGAAGAAAGACACAGAGGAGGAGAUCAUGGCCGCUCAGGUCGCCUCUCUCAACACCAGUCCGCCUGCCGAACUCAAAAAGCCGGAUUUGGACCUACAAGAGGAGUCGGUACCGGGGGAGAAGCAGCAUGAAAAUAAGGACCCGGGACCUGACGUGGGCUCUCCGGGCCAGAAGGAGCUGCAUGACGGGAGCGAUGCCGGGAACGGAGGAGGAGAGGCGGACAUGAAGAACGGWACCGGGAGUUUACCCCGGGUCAACAACAGCCAGAAUGACACGGUACCUGAGGGGAACAACCUGUCCGGGAUGGGUCACCACCACCCGGGGCCCUUCCCUCCUCCUCCUUACGGCUACAACCAGCACUACAGCCGGGGCCCUUUCCAACAUGGCGGACAACAAAGCCCUGGCAUGGCAGCUGCAUCGGGGCCGGCUCUGAUGGACCCGUACCCGGCUAACUCCCACGAACACGGCUACCACAACAACUACAGCCCGUUCCAGAACAGGACUUCCUACCCGGGCCAAGGCUACGGGCCCAUGGGCUCCCCCCGGAGCAGCCAGCCGCCGGCGGCCGGGGGGCAGCCCGGCAAGCAGCAGCAGCCGGCAGGAGGCACCGCUGCCAUGGCUGCCUCCUACAGCAGCCCGCGGUACAACAUGGGUACCCCACAACCUACAUCCACACCGACCCUGAACCAGCUCCUGACCUCCCCCAGCUCCGUCAGGAGCUACCCCAACUACCCCCAGGGGGACUACAACAACCAGGACGGGGCCAGCAAGGGACCAGCAGACAUGGGCCCCAGCCAGUAUGGAGGGGGCCACCCGGGCUGGCAACAAAGAGCCCACCAUCCUCCCCCCAUGAGCCCGGGCAACACCGGACAGCCGCCCAGCAGAGCCCAGCCUCCAAGCCCCAUGGAUCAGGUUGGGAAGAUGCGAGGCCAGCCUUAUGGAGGACCUAACCCCUACUCCCAGCAUCAGCAAGGGCCUCCUGCAGGGCCCGGAGCCCAGCAGGGAGGUGGCUCCUACCCAGGCCAGAGCUAUGGACCUCCUGGGCCUCAGAGGUACCCCAUGGGGAUGCAGACCCGCACACCUGGAGCCAUUGGUGGUGUGCUGUAUGGUCAGCAG